AGUCCCCCAGUCUGUGAUAUCUGCCGAAUGGAGAGAUCGACAAUCCGCUUAUCCGAUUUCACGCAUUUCGUCAUUGUUCACUACUUUCUUGUGUCAUUCGCAGCGCCUGAGUAGACAGGAUGGUCCAGCCAGCCAGACGUAGAGCUGUCCAACAGGCUCAUCGGUGGCUGCACACCAGCCGCUACCUGCAGAGACCUGCGCCAAAGACUUCAGAUCCAGCCGGAUCGGCCAGCGGGCAGCACCCCGACCCGUCCGAUGACACAUCAACACCUCAUACACUCGCAUCGGACAAUCCCCAUCUCACUGGGGCUGCCAGGCUCUUGGCUCAAGCACUGGAAGAAGAAGAGGGUACCAGCCGCCCAUCUUCCUCCCGGGAUCACCUUGUACAUUCCCAGGGACCUAUAUGGACGGGCGAUGAGUCUCAAAGCGAUGCCGUCCUGCGCAUGCUCGUAGAUGCUCACAAGCCCUUGAGAACCGGGGAAGGGAUCAAGAGCACAGCAUCAGAGGACAAGAUCAAACGAUGGAUGAAAGAAAUCGACCUCAAACCGAAACAGGGGGCCUUUGUGACCGCACCAGUGCCAUCUGAUACCGCUGAAUCGACGACUCCGCAUCGGACGACAAUACCCCCGCAUCUUCACCGACCUUGGCAUUCGACGUAUACCGGUGAUUCACAAGUUGCAGACGAUUCUCCAAAGGUCAAAUAUGGGACAUUUACCCGUAAACGCGCCGAUGCUGAUGCUCUCGCCAAUAUUCUCGAACUUCAACUACCCCAAGGCGCCGAUGCGAAGACUCGGGCAAGGGUUAGGGAGAAUCGAAAAAGGAGUCGCCUAGUAGGCAGGAUGGAAAGUGCCAGGGAAAAAGCGCUGGAUUAUCAGCUCGACAUUGACGAGGAUGCCGAGACGUUCGAGGGUAAUCGGCAGCUUCGAGGAAGUAGUGUCUUGGGCGCUGGGCGUGGCAACGCCAGUGGUCUCAGAGCCUGGGCAGGACUCGUUGAGGAUCGUAUACAGCGUGCAAAGGAGGCUGGAUUCUUCAAUGUCACGCAAGGUCGUGGCAAACCGAUACCUAGGGAUCCCAACGCAGGAAAUCCUCAUCUAGAACUGGGAGAGUUGAUGAUGAAUCGAAUCAUCAAAAAGCAAGGUGCCUUACCUCCCUGGAUAGAGCUACAGAAUAAUCUGGACCAAGCCCUCAACGCAUUCCGACAAACCCUUUUGACCACCUACGCCAACCAUGUCAUCAGAUCCGUCAUCUCUACCCAUUCCUUGCAUCCUUUACCCCCUUAUCAUGUCAUGCCGUCCCGUGACGAAGCAUGGGAAGCCCGCGAACACAAGUUUCACGCUGAAAACAUCAAGCAGAUCAAUGACCUCGUCAGGAAGAUGAACACGUUGGCUCCCUCACCGGCGAGGCGGCACCUGGUCACUCUGGAAUACGAGCUAGACCGUGUCAGAGGCGAUGUUUUACGGCAGGAAGUGUGGCAGGGCAUCAAGGAUCGCGCCGAAGCAGUCCGUAUGGUGCCUCCGCCGACCCCCAACCCAAUACCAUUCCAAGCGAGUCUACAAAAGCUCAAGCAGGCGGCUAGUCGAUCGUUGUCGACAUUGGCAUCGACUGGUUCUUCAAGUUCUGGAGGUGAUGCGCUUUUCGGCAAUUCAAGAGGUCAAGGAGGGAAUGAACAUGCAGAGCAUGCUGAGCACACUGGGCCGCGGCGAUACGGUGUGAUCGUCUUACUCGGACUCGGCGCAGUGGCCUUCAUUCACUAUCGCCGGCCUGCCAGGGCAGACUCGCAAGAGGAGGAUAUGCUGGCCUCACCAUCGUCAGAUGAAUCUGCUGAAGACAUCGCCACAAAAAGUCCUGCAGAGCCUCGCUCUUCACCCUUUGAAAUCAUCCGAAUUUACGUCUUCGAACCCAUCUUUACAUUCUUCCGAUUCUGCCACCUGCUCGCACUCUUCGGUCCAGUCAUUCUGACUGCGCCGAUGAUCCUCGUUGGUCGGACAGAAAAGCGGCGUCGGAAUGGCAAGCCGAUCAGUGAAGAGGAAGAGAAUUGGGGAGCAGUGUGGUGGUACGGAUUCCUCGUCAAGCAAAUGGAACGUGCCGGCCCCUCAUUCAUCAAGCUCGGCCAAUGGGCCGCCUCCCGUGCCGACUUGUUCCCUGCAACCCUGUGCGACAAAAUGUCCAAGCUGCACUCGAACGGUGAAGCGCAUUCCAUACACCACACAAGAAGGGUUAUCCAAAAGGCCUUUGAACUAGAUUUUGACGACAUCUUUGAGGAGUUUGACACGAAGCCAAUUGGGUGUGGGGCCAUCGCUCAAGUCUACAAAGCACGUCUCAAGCCCGAGAUACUCGGUGUCAAGCCAGACGACCAGGAAGCUUUGUCAACCUCGGUUGCUAUCAAGGUGUUGCAUCCCCGUGUGCGUAAGACGAUCAACCGUGAUAUCACCAUCAUGUCGCUCUUUGCCAACAUGAUCAACGCUAUCCCAGGCAUGGAGUGGAUCUCUCUACCAGAAGAAGUGGCCGUAUUUGGCGAAAUGAUGAGGUCUCAGCUGGAUCUCCGAGUAGAGGCGACCAAUCUUGAACGGUUCAAUACCAACUUUAGACGGCGAGGCCGUCGAGUCACGUUUCCGAGGCCUAUCAAACUGGGCAGAGCUGCCAAUGGAGAUACGCGAGAGGAGAGUCGUGAAGUCUUGAUGGAGGAAUAUGAGGAUGCCCUGCCACUGAAGUACUUUUUGCGAAACGGUGGUGGAGACUAUGAUGAUAUGAUUGCGAAUAUCGGACUCGAUGCUUUCUUGGAAAUGCUCCUGCUUGACAAUUUCACGCAUGGCGAUCUGCACCCGGGAAACAUCAUGGUCCGAUUCUACAAGCCGACCACAAGAGACUACAUCAGCCCUCUCCUCUCACGCUUGUCUUCCUCCCCUCCACCAGAAGCGGUACCUCACCAUUCGCUGUCCGACGACGAACUCGUUGACUCACUUGCGGCCAUCGCGCAUGACUCUGACGAGUGGCAUAGCCGUUUAGAGGACCUGGCUCGACGAGGGUACGAGCCGCAGCUCGUCUUCAUCGACGCCGGGCUCGUCACUUCGCUGGACUCGGUGAAUCGCCGGAACUUUCUCGAGCUCUUCCAAGCCGUAGCGGAAUUCGAUGGCUACAAAGCUGGCAAACUCAUGGUCGAGCGGUGCCGGACGCCAGAAUAUGUGGUGGAUGAGGAAACGUUCGCACUCAAGAUGCAACACUUGGUCCUGAGUGUCAAAUCCAAGACAUUCUCACUGGCCAAGAUCAAGAUAUCGGACAUUCUCACCGACGUUCUUACUGCCGUUCGGCAACAUCACGUCAAGCUCGAGGGUGAUUUUGUCAACACAGUCAUCUCCAUCCUGCUCCUCGAGGGGAUCGGUAGACAGCUGGACCCCAAUAUGGACCUGUUCAAAUCUGCCCUACCUAUUCUCAGGCAACUCGGAAGGCAAAUGGGUACCCGCGAGGCCAUCUCAAUGGCGCCAAAGGGCAAUCUAUGGGCGAUGGUCAAAUUGUGGGUCUGGGUCGAAGCGAGAGAGGUCGCUGGGCAGGCAUCUGCCAUUGACGAAUGGGUCAAAUUUGACCGACUCGCACCUGCCAUAUAA